AUGGCUCUCUCUAUCCGAUCAUCUUCUGGACCUCGGCAUUUCUCUUCCCGGAGUGCACUUGGUGGAGGUUCUUUUAGGCUUUCUAGCACCGGUAGUUCAGGGAGUAUGGGGGGAGGAUUUGGUGGGGGGUCUCUUCACAGCUUUGGUGGUGGUGGCAGUAGCGGUUUAGGAUGGGGCAGUGGAUAUGGUGGAGGACUGGGCAGUGGUUUUGGAGGAGGUUCAGUUGCUGGUUUCACUGGGGUCUUUGGUGCUGGGGGUGAAGGCAACCUUUUAUCAGGCACUGAAAAGGAAACCAUGCAGAAUCUGAAUGACCGCCUAGCCGCCUACCUGGAUAAAGUGCACUCAUUGGAGGAAGCCAAUACUGAGCUGGAACGCAAAAUCCGUGAAUGGUAUGAGAAAAAUGGACCAGGUGUUGGUGGUCCUGCAGCUGGCAAAGAUUACAGUAAAUACUACCCAAUAAUUGAAGAUCUCAGGAACAAGAUAAUCAAUGCAACUAUCGACAAUGCCCGGAUAGUCCUUCAAAUUGAUAACGCAAGACUGGCAGCUGAGGAUUUCAGACUUAAAUUCGAGAAUGAAGUGGCUCUUCGCCAGGCUGUCGAAGCUGACAUUAAUGGGCUGCGUAGGGUCCUGGAUGAAUUGACUUUGACCAGGGCUGACUUGGAAAUGCAAAUCGAAAGUCUGAGUGAGGAACUGGUGUAUCUCAAGAAGAACCAUGAAGAAGAACUCCAGGGUUUCCAGAGCAAUGCCACUGGUCAAGUCAGUGUGGAAAUGGACGCUGCUCCAGGGGUUGAUUUGACCAAACUUCUGAACGAUAUGAGAGCUCAGUACGAGGCAGUUGCUGAACAGCAUCGGAAAGAAGCUGAAGCCUGGUUCAAUGAAAAGAGUGGGGAACUGAAAAGAGAAAUUUCCUCAAAUUCUGAACAGCUUCAGUCAGGAAAAAAUGAGGUCACAGACCUGAGACGUACUCUGCAAAGCCUGGAAAUAGAACUGCAGUCUCAACUGGCUAUGAAAAAAUCUCUUGAAGACACCCUAGCAGAAACAGAAGCAGGAUACUGCAGCCAGCUCUCGCAAAUGCAACUUCAGAUUGAAAACCUAGAAACCCAGCUUUUCCAGGUCCGUGCAGACAUGGAAAGACAAAACGCAGAGUACCAGCAGCUCCUGGAUAUCAAGACCCGGCUGGAAAUGGAGAUUGAGACUUACCGCAGACUACUUGAUGGCGAGAUUGGCUCAUUUGAAAGUGCUUCCGUGGCCAGCACGAAGUCAGUGGAUUCCACUCCUGAUCCAACCAAAACCAGAAAGAUCAAGACAAUUGUUGAAGAGGUGGUGGACGGCAAAGUGGUUUCAUCCCAAGUUAAGGAAAUUGAAGAAAAACUAUAAGCAAAAAUGCCAGCUAUUCAUUAUUUGAAUUCCAAAAAAUGAUUGGAUUCACU